GCUCUGAGUAGCUUUGAAACGCGUCAGGUGUUUUACAGUGUUGUGUUCCGACUGCUCACUCACUCCUAAUGAUUUGCGGCUAAUUUUUAGACCAUAUUUUAACUCACGUCUGUAUACAGCUGUUUGGAAUUUUACUACAUAUAUCGGACUGGUUGUUUGUACUUUGUCCGCCUUGGUACCGAUAUAUUUUACAAACCCUGGGACCUAACACAAAUACAGGACUUUAUUUUUAUUAUGCAUAAUCGUUUGGAUUGAAUUUUAAAAUCUGAUGUUGCCUAUGUGAUACCUCAUAUAGAUUGAGGUCACGCUGUUUGAGAGAUUCUCCAGAAAGUAUACACCACACUCCAAAGGAGCGCGAACCUUACAGAUCGAAACAUAGAAGCCUGGGAAAGAAAUUACCAGUGGAUCGCCUAAGCAGAGCAUCAGACUUACCUCAUACAAUUGAGGGUGUCUCCUAGGACCUCCACGUCGCCGAUGACUGCCACCGCUCUGGAUCCGCACCUUUGAUGAGUACCUAUUUUGAGGUCAUCUAAAAGAAGAGCUUGGGCGGCAUGCAAAGUUGUGAAAUAUCUUCAGAUAGCACAGAUGAUCCUCUUUGUAGUGACCUACGGAGAAACCGACAACCUCGAAUAGUGAUUAUCGGCGCAGGGCUCGCUGGCUUGUCUGCUGCAAAAACCCUCCUUGAAAAAGGAUUCACAGAUGUGACGAUCCUUGAAGCAUCUGACAGAAUCGGUGGCAGAGUUCAAAGUCUCAAACUUGAACACGCUACGUUUGAGCUGGGAGCUACUUGGAUACAUGGUUCAAACGGCAAUCCGGUCUUUCAUCUAGCAGAGGACAAUGGCUUGCUUGAAGAAACUACAGAUGGAGAGCGAAGUAUCGGUCGCAUCAGCCUUUACACAAAGAAUGGUGUGGCUCACUACCUCACCAACAAUGGACAACGGAUACCAAAAGAUUUGGUUGAAGAGUUCAGUGAUUUAUAUAACGAGGUCUAUAACCUGACUCAGGAAUUUUUUCAGAAUGGGAAGCCUGUCAAUGAGGAGAGUCAAAAUAGCGUUGGCGUUUUUACACGGGACGUUGUCAGGAAACGUAUCCAAGAUGAUCCUGACGAGUCAGAAAUCACGAAAAGGUUGAAACUGGCCAUGAUUCAGCAAUAUUUAAAGGUUGAAAGCUGCGAGAGUAGCUCACAUAGUAUGGAUGAAGUGUCGCUCAGUGAGUUUGGCGAAUGGACAGAAAUUCCUGGUGCACAUCACGUGAUUCCUUGUGGCUUCAUUAAGAUUGUUGAAAUUCUGUCCUGUUCCAUUCCUCAGUCUGUCUUUCAGCUGCGUAAGCCAGUGAAAUGCAUACACUGGAACAGGUCCAUAACCAAGCAGAUUGAAAGAGUGGCUGACCACAACAAUGACCAGAUGGAGGACAAAGGUUUUCCAGUAUUUAUAGAGUGUGAAGACUGUGAAUUUAUUCCUGCUGAUCACGUAAUAGUAACAGUCUCACUUGGAGUCCUCAAAAAGUUCCAUGAAACCUUAUUCCACCCAAAACUCCCUGAAGACAAAGUCAUGGCCAUUGAGAAGCUUGGUAUCAGUACUACAGAUAAGAUAUUCCUGGAGUUUGAAGAACCUUUCUGGAGUCCAGAAUGCAACAGUAUUCAGUUUGUUUGGGAAGAUGAAGCUGAGAGUGGGAGUCUGACCUAUCCAGAAGAGCUGUGGUACAAAAAGAUUUGCAGUUUUGACGUCCUGUAUCCUCCAGAAAGAUAUGGUUACGUACUUAGUGGAUGGAUUUGUGGGGAAGAGGCUCUGAUAAUGGAGAAAUGUGAUGAUGAAACGGUUGCAGAAACCUGCACAGAGUUACUUCGAAAAUUUACAGGGAAUCUUUACAUUCCAAAACCAAGGCGGAUCCUUCGAUCAUCCUGGGGUAGCAACCCUCAUUUCCUUGGAUCCUAUUCCUAUACUCAAGUAGGCUCCAGUGGAGAAGAUGUAGAGAAACUGGUGAAACCACUGCCUUACACCGAGAGCUCCAAAAUGGCCCCCAUGCAGGUGAUGUUUUCCGGGGAAGCAACACACAGGAAGUAUUAUUCCACUACCCAUGGUGCUCUUCUUUCAGGCCAGAGGGAAGCGGCUCACCUUGCUGACAUGUACCAAGACCUCUUACAAUGCAAGAACUGAAAAUCUACUUAACGAACCACUGACUCGUGAUUCCUACUACCGAUGUGUUUAAUCCUUUCUUUUUUUUAUGUUUUUUUUUUUUAAUAUUGAAAGUAGAACAAUUUUUAUCUUUUUAUGGAAAUCCCGUUUUAAAAAAAAAAAGUCUGUAGCAAAUUCAUGUACUGUAUUGUUGAGAGAGAGAGAAAAGGGUGCUCUUCUGUAUAAUUGCUGUUUUGUGUCUUUUACAUUUUGCACACUUUGUGCCUCAUUACUUUUUUUUCUGUAUUGUAAGUGCCUUCUAUAAUAAAUACUAAACAAAAUAUUAAUAAUAAAAGCAUAUCAGGUUAAA